CUGUUUUCCAUCUCUCCCCUCCCUAUAAUUUUCAUCCCAUUCUUUCAUCUAUUCCAUCAUAAGAAUCUUUGUUCACACUGAAUAACUAACUACUGAUGAAGUAUGAUUUCAUCGUGACUCAGCACCUUACUCAGCACCUUACUCAGCGCCGGUCAUCAAGCAGCUUCCACCAGCUUCGGCACAGACCAAUGGGGACCACGGAUCAAUCAUCAGUCAAUUGCUUUGCACUCUGCAGAUCCUCGCCUCCCGGAACGGUCGGCAGGUUGAGAUCAUCCCUCCCCCUCGGUUUCCAGCAGCCACCUGCUCCUCCCUUGCCGUGGUUAUCCAUCCCUCCCUCUCUUCCACUUCCUUUGACGGCAUGGCUAGUAGGCUUCGUGACUCAACGAUGGGCCUGUGAUGCCGGACCCACAAGGCUGAACCAAUUGGGUGGUUAUGAAUAUUGGCUCGACACCUUCCCGUGUCUUCCGACUGAUCCGCACUUUGGUAUCCCGCUCUACACACAGAGACGCCUCUCCCUUACCACCAUCACCAUCACAGCUGUUAGUUGCAGGUUUGUUUCUUGCAGCAGGGAUGUCCGUCUGAAUGUUUGUAUGGCAUCCCAUCUGUAACGCAGGUAGGCAUGUACACCGCAUCCAGAUAUGCAUGUAUGUUCCCCUCUUUUCCCCUCUUCUUCACUCCCUCUUACUAUACUCUACAGAGUAGCUAUCGUAGCUAUUUCUCACCUCCGUAUACAAGAGCUACCCUCCUCAAGUCUUGUACAUCUCACCCCGAACUUAAUAACCGAAACCUACUAAACCUUUCCCCUCCCCUCCGAGAGAAACAAAACCGAACAAAACACAUGGCACCUAACUUGCCAACCCAAAGUCAACCC